AUGAAUGAGCCGAACCCCGAAACUGAGUACCUCAAUGGGGUAGAGCCUAUUGGUGCCGGUUCCUCUGGCACAGUCUGGGCUCCUCGCGGAGGGGAACCUGCCUUCAAGCAAGGACAUCGUGGACGAGAGGGAUCCCUUGAGAAUGACUUCAGAAUGCACAAGCUGAUUAUCAGAACUCUUCACAUUCUGAGAAAGAUGAAGUCCCUCAAUUUUGAGGAUGAAAAGCUUCCACAGGUCCAAAUCUCUGAAUGUCACCACUACAUCAAAGCCACCGACGAGGAGUGGUGGAAAGCAAACAUCAAAAUGUUCCCUGAUGGAUUCAUCCCGUGCAACUUGAUCAGGUCGGAGAGAAUCUUUCCCUUUGCAGAUGCCACCAAAUAUCUUCUCAUGAAGAACUAUUGCCCACCCGAGAUCACCGAGUUUCACAUGACGACCAACAAAAAGGACAAGGACUGCCUCAUUCGCCCGUAUCUCGGCCGCCGUCGAUCCCAAAAGCCCCAAGUGACUCUGCACAAGUACAGGUUCAAGCUGAAAAACUUCCCGCUUCACCAUGACCAGAUGACGGAUAUUGGUAUUUCAAUGGCGGAUAUAAAGGGGUACGCUGCUAUCAUGGGUGAGACACUGGCAGCCAUGCACUGGAUCGGCGAAGUUGAUGGCCGCGACAUUGAAUUCGUUCUCGCACCUGCCGAGUGCAAAGAUUUCAAAGAAUGA